AGGCGUCACGGGCGCGCCGGAUGCUGAAAGAGCGUUUCCGGGAGGCAGUUGGGAGCCGUUGGAGACAGAUCAUCGCAGGGGCAUUACUUUGGAGAAUGUCUGGAAGUUACUACUUUGUGAUAGUUGGUCAUCAUGAUAAUCCCAUAUUUGAAAUGGAAUUUCUGCCUCCUGGAAAAGUGGAGUCCAAGGAUGAUCAUCGCCAUCUCAACCAGUUCAUUGCCCAUGCUGCUCUUGACCUAGUAGAUGAGAACAUGUGGCUUUCUAACAACAUGUACCUGAAGACUGUGGACAAGUUUAAUGAAUGGUUUGUUUCGGCUUUUGUCACAGCUGGACAUAUGAGAUUUAUAAUGCUUCAUGAUGUAAGGCAAGAAGAUGGAAUUAAGAACUUCUUUAAUGACGUGUAUGACUUAUAUAUAAAGUUUGCAAUGAAUCCAUUUUAUGAACUUAAUUCUCCUAUUCGAUCCAGUGCCUUUGAAAGGAAAGUACAGUUCCUUGGGAAGAAACAUUUGUUAAGCUGAAUAAAUGAAUUUCCUGAUGAAGCUGUGUAAGCUGUCUUCUUGGACUUCUCUUUGAAAUGUCUAAGUAAUUCUCAAAGGAAGUGGUAUGCUGUUCUAAGAAUUAAAUUACAUUUUGCAUAGUCUUGUGUAAAGGGGCCACGUGUAUCUGCUUUAAACAUACAGCCAAUCAUUUCUUUGUAAUUUACACUUACUGCUACACUGUACGCUACAAGGAUACAAUAAAAAGGUGCAAUAUACCUUAAAUAAAACACGUAAUGAUGCAGAA